UGUGCAUUCACGUGUGUAUUUAUAAAUGUAUCUCGGUGUUUUGUUAUUUUCUGGGACACUGCGACCAAGGCCUGGACGCCCGCGGAGUCGGGCUUCUACAGCUGAGAGGGUCUGCUCUCCAUGGUGUCAUCACAUGCAAAAGGGUCUUGUGUGCUCAGGGGGCGCAGACUCACUGGUGCAGGCGUACAGUAGUGCGUGCGUGCGUGUGUGAGCGAGUGAGCGCGCGUGAGAAGGAAACGGGGCCGUCUUUAUCUCUCUGCGCCUCACCACGCUUCCUGUGCCUAUCCUCAGAGCACGACGCAGUUCUCUCUUUUGUUCUGUCUCAUCACUCAGACCGCUGAAGUGACCGAGGAGGGCUGGAGAGGUACUCCAACAUCCCCCGUGUCUUCGCUCCACCUUCUGACCCCUCUCUGACCCCCCCCCCCCCACUGGCCUAAUGGACCCCUUCGACCCCUGACCUGGGCUCCUAGCUAAAUCUGCGCGGCACUUUCCAGGAGCUGAGGAUGGCUAUGACGCUAUCGGAAUUCACCCGUACUCUGGAUCCUAAAACUCUUCCCAAGAUCCUGCAGAUCCAGUCAGGAAUUUACUCCCAAGGUGCUGUGUAUGAGCUCUUUGGUCAGGAGUGCUGUUUGGUCACCGGGGACCUGAUGAAGAUCAUCGACAUCGGCAUCACCAGAUUCACAGCUCGGAAGUCUGAUGGCCGGAACCUCAGUCUGCCCUUGGAUUACCCAGGCCUCUUUAGGAUUGAAGCAGACAGUCAGCCGUAUCUGAGCAUCCGGGAGAUCACAGACUCACUGAAGAUCAGCUCGCAUAGACUGGCCCAGCCGGCCUUCUUCACUGCAGCUCAGCUCCACCCCCCCGAGGGAUGCGUGAACGAGGGCGAAAGCUUUCAAAUCAAGUCCGUUAUACUCGGCCCCGACGGUGACGGCUACGUCGACUGCGAAGUACUUCACCGAGAGCCGAAGCUGAGUUUCCGACUCAAGCUCUCGCAGGAGGGCCAGUUCACGGAGUGCGACGAUGACCAGUUCUACACGCUGCGAGAGCUCGCCCAGUGGAGGUUCCCCAAGGGCAGAACGAGGAUGGUGACCGCUGCCAAAUCUUUGCCCACCAUGGACACCCUGUUUCCUGGCUUGCUGGAAAAUGUGUGUGGGCAGAUGACGCUAACACCCGUGUAUGUGCUGCAAGCUGUGAUGCAAUUACGGAAGAGCAUAGUCCUGAUUCCAUCCAACCUGGAUGUGGAGGUGAUGGACGUGACGGAGCAGUACGACAUGGACGCCUUCAUCCAACCGCUUUCCCUUCUCGACGUGUUCCAGAAGCCCGCUGACUUUUUCCCCAUCGUGGCCGAAGUGCUUGAGAAGCCUGUUAUGGACAGGCACAUGCCAGAGGAGCUCUGCCUACUCCUCCACUCCCCGCAAGUCGUCAUCCACCAGGCCUACGAAGCCAAGCGUGUCCUUGCCACGGAGACGCGGCUGGAAGCGCCCAGGCACUUCCUCAUCCCCGUCAGCUACAACGGGCGGUUGAAGCGGCGGCCAAGGGAGUUCCCCACCGCCUACGACCUGGAGAGAGCGUGCAGCGACACCGAGACACUGCACGUGGUGGCGACACGGGGCUUCGAGUCCCCCUACGACGGUUUGGCGUCUGUUCACACCAGCGACGAGUUCGUCGUCAAGAGGAACAAACAUGGCGAGGUCCGCGAUGCCAUCGGGGAGGCCACGGACACCCUGUCCUGCCAGAGGAUAAAGGGGAAGAACCGGGAGCCUGUGCAGAUCCCCAUGUACCAAGACGGAGGUUUCAUGGAGGUGGUCCACGACAAGCGGCAGUAUUCCAUCGUGGAGGUGUGCCACUGGUUCCCGCUCCCAUUCAACGUCAAGGUGUCGGUACGCGACCUCUCGCUGAAGGAGGACGUCCUGGCCAGCCUGCCUGGCCUCCGCAUCGAGGAGGAGCUCACCGAGCCCUACCUCCUCGUCUCGACCCUCGACCUCUCGAGUUGCUGGGAGGUGGCAGUGAAGCGUACACACAUGACCGUGCGCGCAGACAAAGCGUGGACCGGCGGGCCGCCCGGCUGCGGCCAGAGGUCGGCCAUCGAGGACAUAUCCGAGGACUGCUACUACACCAUGCGGCGGUACGCUGUCACUACUGUAACGCCCCCUCCGCGGCCUCCAAAAAAACCCAGAGUGCCUCCGGCACGACCGGCGAGGCCGCAGCCCGUCAGACCAGAGAACUCCCCGGCAGCACCCCCGCGCUGCUCACCCAAGAGUCCUCGUGCUGCAGUGGUCAGCAGAGAGAGCUCGACAGACCGAAGCACCUCGCCAACAGUAAAUAAGAGGAGCGUACCCAUAAGUCCCGUUACCUUACCCAGACUGGCCCUGGAGACAGCUAUCCCAAGGGGUACUAGCCUGGACGAGGUGUGCGUCACCACACCCGAUGAUACGGACCCGCAUGACUACGAAUACAUCGAUGAGGAAGAACUGGAGAACAUCAGGAGACAGUGGCAGGGACAGGCCAUGAGCCUCAGCGCCAAGGCCAAACCCAAUAACACCGUCAUCACGCUGGCCAAUCACGGCUCAAACCUGCCUGCCAAACCCAAUAACACCGUCAUCACGCUGGCCAAUCACGGCUCAAACCUGCCUGCCAAGCCCAGUAACACCGUCAUCACGCUGGCCAAUCACGGCUCAAACCUGCCUGCCAAGCCCAGUAACACCAUAUAAUCAUGACAUGUUUUUGUUCACUAUUAUGAAGGUAGCAACAUAACAUGCCUCCAAAAAUACUUUUGAUACUGUUACGAUUGAAGGACUAAGGUUUUAUACAGCAGUAAAGUGCUGAAUAUACUGUGACCAAAAUGUUGUGUAGCCUUUAUAGCACACAUACUGCAAGAUGUUGGAUGAUUUGUUUAUGUUUAAGCAUAGAUAGAAAUACUAAAAUAAACAGUUAAAAGAUGAACUAAAACAAGAGUGGGAUUUAAAAGAGCCAAUUUUUACGUGUGUUGUCAUGGCAGUAAAUUGAAGGAGUGUUAAGUCUUUGUCAGAUAAAGACUUGAUGAAAGUUUGUAGUGUUUAUUCACUGACCUAACAUUUCCCAACAAACAUCAAUAAUCGAAUGUUUCCCCAAAGCCCCCCCCCGGUAGUUCCAGAACAGUCUGUGUGCUUCACAUGCCCUUGCUGAGUAUCA